AUGGAGAAAUUUAUUAAAUUUUUGGAAGAAGACGUAGAUUUUAAUAUAGAAAUUCAUAAUAAGAUUUAAGAUUUAAAAGAUUAAAAGUUAAUAGAUCCUAGCUUUAUUGUUUUUAAGUGCAGUCUCAGAUUGGAUAUUAUAUAGUUGAAUGACUAAGAUUUAAACCUUUCCAUUUAUAUUUAGCAAAAUUACCCUAAUUUAGAUUCGUUAAUUAGAGAUUAUGUAUAAAAGAUUUUAUCUGAAGAUAAAUAAUUGAGGAAUAUAUAAAUAAGACAAGAAUAAAUACUUCCUGAUAUCGAGAUCAUCAAUGGGAAUCUUACUAAUAAUCUUAAUAUUUAUGCAUAGAAAGGUAUUCUUCAGAAUUCUUUGUUAUAAAAUUCUUUUGUUCAAGGACAGCUAGUUCUUAUUGAAUAUUUUUAAGUAUUAAAAAUUUUUCCUUUAGAGAAUUAUUACUCUAUUAAGAGAUAUUCUUAUUACUGUGGUUGCAACAAUAAUGAUUACAAGCUUUAAAAUACUAAUUUAAUUCUUCAUAUUAUUGAAAACAAUUAAUCUGCAUCCCUAAACAAACAGAGCUCUAAUUUAAUUAAAAAUUUAAGCUGUGAUAUAUGUCAUUAGGAAAUGUAUGAAGAUAAAGAAAAGAGUAAACCUGAAUUAUGCCAAAAAGUACUUAUAUAUAUUCCAGAGAGAUAUAAUUCAACCAGAAAUAGUUUAUUAAACGGUUUUUAAAAAGAAGAGGGAAAACUCAUUGAAAUGUUUUUAGAAAAAUAAUACUGCAACAGUCUUUCAUUAAAUUAAACUUAUAGCUGUAUAGCUUAUUAUUCCCUGGCUACGAGUAACAAAUAAACAAAGAACGACUUUCUAACAGGUUUUAAACCUUUAAAUAUUACUGAACACCUGUUUGCUUGCACAAUUUCUAUUAAUAUUAAAGAUCCUAAUGCUUAAUUUAAUUAAUAAAUGAUAAACUAGGUUAGUUUAUUUAAUUGUAUCACAGAACAAGAAUAAUUGGAGAGUUAAAUGAAAUAAAAUUCUAAUGAUGAAAACGAAAACUUUCAUUUUAAAUUUAAAUAAUUAAUGUUUGCAGUUGAUUCAUUUUUCAAUGAAGCAACAAAGUUUAGCUUUUUGUAAUUGAAAACUGCUUUAGUUAUGAGUUAUGUACUUGCUAAUUCAAAUAGGAUUCUUCAAAAAAAUAGCAGUCUCAAUAGAGAAGGAUCAUUUAGUUAAUUAAAUGUACUUUUUUAAUGUGAAAGCCAAUUUGUCGAUAGCAUAAUAGAAGAAAUUUUGAUGACAUUUGGAUAUCUUUAAAGUUUCAAUGUAUUUGAUUGUCUUCUUUAAUUUGAUAUUGCUUCAUCCCUUGUAAAAUCGAAUAAUAGCAUUCUUCUGAUAAAAAAUAUUCAAGAUAUUUCGAAGCAACAAUAAGAACAACUAAAUAAAAUACUAUAAAAUUAAGAGAUUUAUUUCGAUCAGCUUAAAACAAAAUUAAAUUUAAAUGUUACAAUAUGGGCUUUCAAUUCCACAAGUAAACAAUCAGGUAAAAUCAAAAAAUUUAAAAGUGAUAAAAAUAUUUCUUAAAGUUUUGAGCAGUAUUUUGAUGUUUGCCUUUCCCAAGAUAAGUCAGUAUUGUCUUUAAAGGAUUACCACCUGUUGAUCCAAAAUGAAGUUGAUAUGUUUUUAGAUAAAGAAUUACAAAUGGGUUAAAAAUUUUCAAGAAAAGCCCAUCAUGAACUCUCCACUGAAAAAAAACACAUUCACUCAAAAAGCAAUAGAUUCAAUGAGUAAAUGUCAACUCUUAAGAAAGAAAAAAGCAGUUAAAAUUAGCAUGUUUAGGCGUUAAUAGGUGAUAACUAUAAAAAUAAUAAUGAAGAAGAAGCGCAUUGCUUACUGAACAAGUUUAUCAAUACUGUUAGAAAUAGUAUGAGUGCGAAAGAAAUAAAUUAUUCUACAAGCAAUAUUAGCAGCUUAUCGAAAUUCGCAAUAGCUAGUUCUAUCUUCAGAAAUGUUUUUAUUAAAAAUAAUAGCCAAGAAUUAAUUUCAUGCGAGGAAAAUAGCAGAGUAAUUAUAGAUACCUUUGAUGCCUUUUUGUCUAUAUUCUUUAAUAUUUUGUCUAGAAAAAUAUUUUGUAGAGAUUUAGACACAAAGUAUUUCCUUUCUUUCAUAGUGAACUAUGGCAGCGGCUACUUAGAGAACUCAGAAAUGAGAAUUCCUUAAGAAAAAGAAUUUUUCAUCGCCUUGGAGAAGAUUUAAGAUUAGAUUUUAGAUUUUAUAAGAUUUUGA